AUGUCUCGCUCGGACUUCAUAUUAAGUUCUAUGCUUGAGUUUUUGGCGUCCGAUUCAUGGUGGAGUAACAUACUCGAUUUCAUGUUAUCAAAAUGCGAACCAUUUCAAAAACAUGAUACGAUUUCCAUCAAAGAGUUUAUUGUUUAUCAAGAAUAUUUAAGUUUCUUGGAACGACUAUUAUAUAAUGAUUUUUGCAAUCAGUUCUCUCUAGAACCCAGAGAAUUAGAAGAAACAAUCGCUAAUGAACUCUUAUCAUCGAACAAAAUGGCUUUACAGAUUCAAGAACAACUUCUUAGAAGUACAGACUUCAUCACAUUCAGAGAAGAUAUGAUUGCUCAUAAUGAAAGAAUUGAGCAAGAAGUAAACUCCAUAAUGAACGUACCAAACCUACCAAUAGCUGAACCAGAAUCAAUACCUAUUCACGAACCUGAGGUUCCUAAUUCAAAACUCCCUUCUUUAAACUUAAUCCCUUCACCUCGUGGCCAGCGUUUCGUAGUUAAUCCAAAUAUAAUGCCAAAACCUUCACCUAGGAGGAAACUAAUGAUUAAUCCUGAAAUGAGAAAUAUUUCUCAGCUUCCAAUGUUACUGAGUAAAAAUAAGGAAUACACACAGGUUUUGAAAAGCCCAAUUCCUCUUAUAAAACUCCUAAAACCAUUAGCUGUCAAAUUGCCUCCUUUAAGUCGAAGUCCAAGAUAUUAA